AUGUCGUUUGAAAUUCUUGAUUACUUUCAGCUGAAUAAAAUCCUCAACCAAACAAUUGCAUACAAUUUGCCUUUGGAUCAUAAUGAUUCCAAUUCGCGCAAGAUUCAAGUUGUCAUUACCAUUUCUCAAAAAUAUGAUAGAGCUAAGCAUGCCCACUUGGAUGGAUUUAAUGGGAUAGUUUUACCCGAAUCUCCCAACUUAUUGCUUUACUUACAAGGAGGGCCGGGGUUUGGCUGCUCUAUCCCCACGAGCUACUCGGGUGUAACCAAAGUAUUGUUGGAUGAAGGGUACCAAAUUGUAUGGAUGGAUCAAAGAGGUACUGGGAAAAGUACCCCAAUUGAUUACAAUACAUUGAGUCGAGAUUUAUCGGCAACUUCAAUUGAUGACCAAUUGACCACUAUUUUAAACUUUCGAGCUGAUUCGAUUGUAAGAGAUGCCGAAUUUAUUCGCAAGCAAUUGAUUGGUGAUGAUGCAAAGUGGUCCACAUUGGGUCAAUCUUAUGGUGGAUUCUGUAGCUUUACUUAUUUGUCACUUUUUCCUAAGUCGUUGAAACAAGUGCUUGUCACUGGUGGUGUACCUCCAAUUGGAUUUGAUGUUGAUUCGGUGUACACGCAAACCUACAAGCGCACGAAGGAAAGAAAUGUGCAUUUUUAUCGAAAGUAUCCCCAGGAUGUAUCUCGAGUGGUGAAGAUUUGUCAAUAUUUGAAGUCAAAUGAGGUUACAUUACCCGAUGGUGGUCGUUUAUCAGUUGAACGUUUCCAACAAUUAGGACUCACUUUUGGUGGGUUUGGUGGAACCGAUCAAGUUCAUAAGAUAGUGACGGCAUUUUGGCAAGAUUUGGAAAUGUUCAAGCACGCGACGGUGCCUACAUUGACUUUGGCUCAAAAUGCCAUGUCAUUUGAUACCAAUGUUAUAUAUGCACUCUUCCAAGAAGCAAUCUAUUGUAGUGGAGAAAUGAAGAGCAAUUGGAGUGCUGAUAGGUUGAGAUAUGCUCCUGGAAAUGAGAAAUUUCAGUUUAACAACGAUGAGAUUUACUUUACAGGGGAAAUGGUUUACAAAAGCAUAUUUGAUGAUUAUGUGGAACUUAGAAAAUUCAAGCCAUUGGCGUACGCAUUGCAUGAAAAUACAAAGUGGAGUAUAUUGUACAACACUGACAAGUUGCAAAAGAUCGCUUGGAAAGAUGUUCCUAUUGUUGCUACAACCUAUUAUGCUGAUCAAUAUGUUGAUUUUGAAUUAACAAGAGAUGUCAAACAACAAUAUUUACCCUCAUGCAAUUUACGACAAUACAUCACCAACGAUUUAUUCCACAACGGAUUGCGAAUUGAUCCUGAAAGAGUCCUUGGGUCAAUGUUUAAAUUAUUGGAUAACGAUUUUGAUUGA